GGAAGCUGCUCGCCAGCUCGCGACCAGACUACGAGAAGUUGGUGCGUGGAGGGCUGCAGACCGCCAAGACCCUCGUGGUCUUGGAGGUGACGCGGGUCCGGAGCGCACCGUUGCUCGAGCUCGCCACGGCCGGCCCGCUGUACAUCAGCGCCACGCCCGCCAUCGCGAAGGCGGACGUCGACGAGUUUUUUGGUGCCAGAGUCGCGCGAGCCGGUCAGGACGACUUGCGUGAAAUCGUCAAGGUGCAGGAGCCAGAGGAGGAAGAUGAUGUGGCACCAGUCAAGGCCAAACCAAGGGCCCUGGCCACCGAGGGGGACGAUGCCGAAGAGGGAGGCGAGGAAGCGGUGGGAGAGGCUGGAGAGCAAGCCGCAACAGAGGGUGUGCUGGGCGAGGCACUAGAGGGGCAGGACACUGCUGUUGCGCCUCAGGAGCAGGGUCUAGGCGACGGCGAGGCGGUACCGGAGCAGGAGAGAGAGCCCGGCGAGGAGGGGGAGGCCGACGCCACCGCGGCCGACGUCGCCGCCGAGGAGCAGCUUCUCAACGAGGCUGGCGAGGGCGACGCUCCCGAAGGCCCCCGGAGACCCUCCGCGGCCGGCGGGGAGGGCGACGCAGUGCCAGCUGCGGAGGAAUGACGAGCGAUCUGGAAAGUAAAGUGUGCAACCUAAGCAGCUCUCCUUUUUCAGUCGAUGUAUUUUGCUGUUCUGAACGAACCACGUCGCUCUUGCGACUCCACCGAGGGGCAAACAGAAGAAAUGAGACGCUGUCACAAAAAAUAAACGAUUUGCAUCAAUUUUUGAUACGGAUUGUUUGGUUCUCGCCGUGCAAACGUCCUUUUCAAUAAGAAAUGCCCCGAUGGCAGAGGAGGUUCGUGUCAGAGACCACACGUUUUCGUAUGUUUGCUUUUGGGGUGGGCUGAACCAAAUGACAGGGUACUUUGCUAUGGAGACGAGAGGCUUCCGACUCCAUUUGGCAAAACGGUCGUACCGCGUCGUCACUACACGAUGGGGGACAAGGACGUGCCCGCGAAGUUCCCGGCGUGGUUCUUGCGCACAAGAGCCUCGCGGGGGAGGGGGAACGAACGGGGCUCCAAGCCUCGGCCCAGGACCCCGGACGACACGACGUUGUUUGUCACCAACCUGACUCUGCUCCGGUGGACGGGGUUCUGGCGCCAGCCUGCACCCCCAGCCGGCGGGCCCGGGGACGGGCGUACAGACGGGGCGUGGGCCCGCGCCAGGGCGGCCGCGCAAAGGGCGUUCUUCAACGUGAACAUGGUCUGCAACGUGGCCUUCAUCACGACCAAGGUGGUGCACACGGCCCUGGACACGGACAACAUACGCAACAUCACGGAGAACCUGAGCGACGUGCUGUGCAUCGCCUUCAGCUUACUGCAGCUGGUCGUCCUCACAGACGUCGAGCCCAGGCUGCUGAAACUCCUCGACAGGAUCGACGGGCAGCUCGAGCACGUGCUGCAUGCGACCGGGGUGGGUCCCGAGGGCCUGGAGCGCCAGCGCAGGGUUUGCCGCGACGUGGCCAUCCGGACGUUCGCCGGCUUCCUGUUCACGGGACUCAACUUCGGCGUGGUGGUGACCUCGACGGGCAAGAGCAAGAACGCGCUGCCGAUCGCCAUCUGGACGCCGUUCCGACAGGAUGCCCCGGGAACCCUGAGCAUCCUGCUCAUGGUGGAGGCUGUCGGGGUGGUCCUGACUGUGGCCGGGUCCGGCGCCCUGUCCGCGCUCUUCCUCAACAGCUUCCUGGUGGUGCAGAGCCAGUUCCGCGCGCUGCACGGCUACUUCCAGGCGGAGGCCGAGGGCCUUCCAGAUGGUGCCUGGGACACGGCGGCGAAGAGACGGACCAGGGAGAGGCUCGUACAAGGCGUCAAGUUGCACCAGGGUGUCCUCAGCCUAGCCGACGAGACGUGCGAGGUACUCUCCCCUUUCGUGGCGGUCCAGCUCGGCACCAUAGGUUUCAUAAUAUGUGUCGCUCUGUUCCAAAUAUCUGUGGACCCCAUGGAUCCCGGGAACAGCCGCUUCGUCGUCCUGGCCGCCACAAUCACCGUCGAGGCCUUUGUCCUGUGUUACAUGGGCACGCUGCUCAGUGACCAGGCCAUGGAAGUGCAGCUCGGGUUGGAGUUCGGCAACUGGUACCUGCAGGGUCAGGAGAUCGGAUACAUCGUUAAGUUCGCCAGCAUGCGCUCGCAGAAAGUCCCAGCCGUUGUCGUGGGAAACGUGCACGUGGGACUGCCGCUGUUCUUGGAGAUUAUUCGCUCAUCGUACUCUUUACUCGCCUUCCUACAGAAGAGGGCGAGAAGCGAAGACACUCAAGACUUGGCGUAGUAGGGAUGGCCGGCCAAACGCACUAGUCACUUUAACGUGCUAAACGACGUUAAAUGAAAUGAAUGAUUGUAAAGGUAUCUUUAAUAAGACUUUUACCAAUUUACUCGGUUAUAUUCUUUUUAGAUCGCUUAAGAGGCCUGAACUUUAAAAAUAAACGACUGCCUAUUAA